CCGCCAGCCGCCAUGACAGGUAGGAAGAAGGAGAAGAAGAAGAAGAUUUUCACUCAAACAGCUCAGAGAAACAGGAGAAGAAGAAAGUUUUAGCGCCACUUUCAGGACCAGAUCCAGAGUUCUGCAGAGAUUCGGACUCUUCGGCCCGGUUCGGUUCGGGCUGAGGAGAAGCAGAACCAGAACCUACACAGACGGAUCCUCCAGCCCUAUUCGGUUCGGUUCUGGAGGCUGAGGAUGGGCUCUAUGCAGCGGUUCCUGGACCGGUUCGGACCCAGCAGUGAAGCGGAGUCCGUUUGGCUGCAGAACCUUUUCACCUUCAUCCACAAACACCUGAGAACACCUGGAGGCCCCGCCCACUCCGCCGCUGGACGCCCCGCCCACCCUGCUGCCGCCGACCAACCAGGUGCAGGUGCGUCCUGUGACCAAGGUGUGUGUGAGCUGAGUGUGUGUGUCGUGGAGAAGAUCCAGGAGAGGAGCUGCCUGAGGAGCAGCCGACCCGUCAGCUACAGGCCUCUGUGCGUCUCUGAGCUGCUCGCCCAGCAGCACCUGGCCUGCGUUAGCAACCUGUCCUGGAGCACCAAUCAGCAUCGAGCCUGGGCCAGGGAGGCGGAGCUCAGCCUGCCGGGUCAGAGGUCGCUGCCCAGGGUCAACCUGCUGCUGAUUGGCUGGCUGAGAGCGGGGCGGGGCGGAGAGUGGAGGCUGGAGGACGGCAGCGACAGCGUGAGGUGUGAGGUGAGGAGCAGGGGGCGGGGCUUGGUGCAGGUAGGCGUGUCCAGGUGUCAGAUCAAAGGCAGCGUCAUACUCAGGUGUUCUGAGCGUGCUCAGUUGGGAUUAAGUGUGCUGGCUCCCCACCUCUCCAGCUCCAUGAGAACAUCGAGUCCAACUAGAUACCAACUGGACCAGUGGAGCCCAAAGUGGGUCCUGGAGGCCCGGCAGUUCCUCCCUGGUGCUAACAGCAGCAG